GUCGCCAAAUUGAUUGUCGAAUUUGAAUAUCACGCGCGCCGCCGCCGACAGUUCAGCAACCAACGCCAACGUCGUCGCAUCGACAUCGCCAUCGCCGUAUCAGUAUCAGUUAGUUGUUAACUAGACGUUGUCGCGCGUUCGCACCUUCAACCAACCGCCCACCACCCACUACUUACCGAUUCACGCAGCAAUCGACCGACCACAACAGCAACGAAUCUCACCGGCGCGUUUGUGUAUGUGUGUGUGUGUCUGGCAAGGAAUACGGAGAGUGCACAAGACCAAAGGAGAGAGUGAGGAGCAAAUACUGUGGCUAAAUAGUUGAAAUUUGUCGAAAUCGAGCCGCAUUGCAAUUCAAUUUAAUUAAAAUUAAUUCAUUUGUCUUCGUCGCUUCGUUCCGUUGCCGUGAACUUGUCCCCGUGAUCGUGAUUAAGGCCUUUUGUUUUUGUUGAGCGCACAAAAGGAAACGAUAAAAGUUAAGUGCGCCUAAAACGCGUCUCCAUAAUCGCAGUUCUAAUGAUCGGUAAUCGUUUAUCGAUUCGGAAAGCUUAGCUCACGUACGAUACCAAUACACGCAUACAUGGCAGACGUGCUCAUAAAUAUGUGCUAAAUUGUGUUAUUGUGCUUUAUUGACACAUUCAUUUUACAUUUUUAUAUGCUAUAAAAUGUUUAUAAAUAAAAAGUAAAUAUUUAAAUACGCUAGACUAGCCACAAACAUACACAUUCGCACACACACACACAAGCUAAUGCCAAAACACGCAAAGAGCUGCAAGAAGAAAGAGAGAGAGAGAGAGAGCACUAACAAGCUGCUAAACAGUUUGUUGCCAAGAAGCCGACCGACAAUUAAACCAAGCAAACGAUUAUUGUGUGUGCGUGUCGCAGUGUGAGUGCAAUUGCCUUCCAAUCAAUACGCGAAGACGUCGGGCAAACAGAAAACAAGCAAACAAUAAUAAUUAAUAAGAACAAACUGGAAACUGCAAAAACAACAAGAAACAGCAAAGUGAGCGCUAUCAGCAAUAGCCAUCUAUUAAAAUGAAUGGCAAGAACGCAGCCAAGUGAAGCGAGCUUUUUUUGUGUCGUGUAUUGAGAGCAGCUUAGACUGUUCACUGCUCAGAGAGCGAAAGUUUAAAUUGAUAGUGCAAAGGAAUUGCCAAAGUGUUAAGCUCUCUUUUACUCUCACUUCGACUUACACUUAAAGUUUGAGCGUUUUAACAAAAAAAAAAGAACUUUGAAAUUCAAAAUAAAUUCUAAUACACAACAUGCAAAUAAAGAACCGUGUGUGUGUGUUUGUGUAAGUGUUAAGUCUGAUAAGCAGUAUGUACGCAUAAACAGAAGGGAGAGAGUAGUGAAUAAGUGAGAGCAAGAAAGUGAAGUGCAGCAAAGCAGCCUAAUUAAAUUGACAAUACAAACAACAACUGCACAUGCGUUCCAAUUGCUUUGAGGUGCCGCUUAAACCGCCGCGACGCCAAAAGCUUUCGCAAUCAACAGACAACCAAAGGGAGAAGGGCGAACUGCAAGGAGCGACAAAGAAGGAGAGAGAACAACUGUUGACACAGAAUCUAUCCGGCAGCAAAAGUAGCACCAACAUAAUGUACUCAAAUCUACGCUACGCUCGCACAAAUCUCAGCCACAGCAGCCUGCUGCUGAAUCAACAGCAGAGCUCAUUCGAUGGCAGCGAGCAUCCCACAUCGACAACGGAGCGAACUGAGAGCAGCGAGACGCUCGACACGCCGCUAUCAACAACAACCCGGGAGCUACCCAACGAGAGGGAGCGCGAACGCGAGCGAGAGAGCGAGAAGGAAGUGCUCUCUCAACAAGCGUUGCCACUGUCACUGCCAUUGGCUGCCGCCAACCGCCCGCUGCUGCCCCCUGCGGCAAGCAGACGCUAUGCGCUAGCAAGUGCGCUGCAUGCCACAGCGAAGCUAGCGGCCAGCGUGGAUGCCUAUACAGCAGCGGCCACUGCCAAUGCGGCGAACAACUCAGCGAGUGCUGCUGGGCAUUGCUAUGGCGACUACAGUCUCUGUGAUUCGUAUCGCCCCUCGAGACUGAGUCAGUACCAACAACAGCAGCAGCAGCUACAGCAACAGCAAUUGGGAUUCAGUCGUUACACCCACUCGGUGCCGAGCAGCAUUGUCGGUUCGACGCGAUAUUUAAACUACAGCAAUUUGCAUUCGAAUUCGCCGCACGCGAGCUCGCGUCGCUUCAACGCGCAGCAACAAGCAUCGCCGCCACCUCCGCUGUCGUCGUCGUCUGCUUCAGCGUCAGCUUCAGCGACUUCGCCACCGUUGUUCCCAUUGCCAGGGUCAGGGACAGGGACAGGGUUAGGGCCAGCAGCAGCAGCAGCCGCAGCAGCUGUAGCACCACCACCCCCUAUACCACGCCGCACCGCCCGCAGCAGCAUGUCGCAGUCUGGCGAGGAUCUACACUCGCCCACCUAUUUGUCCUGGCGCAAGUUGCAGCUCAGCCGAGCCAAGCUGAAAGCGUCCAGCAAGACAUCAGCUCUUCUAUCUGGAUUCGCCAUGGUGGCCAUGGUGGAGGUGCAGCUGGAUAAGGAGACACUUGUGCCACCCUCGAUGCUGGUGGCCUUCGCCAUUUGCACCACGCUGCUGGUGGCCGUUCACAUGCUGGCGCUGAUGAUCAGCACCUGUAUUCUGCCCAACAUCGAGACGGUCUGCAAUCUGCACAGCAUCUCGUUGGUCCAUGAGUCGCCGCAUGAGCGUUUGCAUUGGUACAUUGAGACGGCCUGGGCAUUCUCAACGCUGCUGGGACUGAUACUCUUUCUGGUGGAGAUUGCGAUAUUGUGCUGGGUGAAGUUCUACGAUCUGAGCAAGGAAGCCGCCUGGUCGGCGGUGGUUGUUCUCAUACCCGUCAUGGUCGUGUUUCUUGCCUUUGCCGUGCACUUUUAUCGCUCGCUGGUAACGCACAAAUAUGAGGUGACCGUGUCGGGUAUACGGGAGCUGGAGAUGCUCAAGGAGCAGAUGGAGCAGGAUCACCUCGAGGUACACAACAAUGCACGCAACAAUGGAUUUAACUAUGGCGCUUCCGGCGAUAUUGUUUAGCCGGCGAAAGACGAACUCUGGCACCCGAGUAAUCGAGUAAUCGUUAACAUAGAAAAGACAUAAAUAAGGCCACGGCCAAGAGACGUUAACAUUAAAUUUUAGACUACAAAUCGGUUCAGAUGUGGAAUUUGUAGCAAAUGCAAAUUGUGAUACGCAUAAGGCAAUAUACUAUACUUUAUAUAUAAACAUACAAUUAAAUGAAAAGAAAAGAAAAUGAGAAACUACUUUACAUACACUUAUUAAACGAAUAAUGUAAGACGA